CCCGACACUUCUACCAGCGCCGAAACCACGAAGCCCACGAAGAAAGCCAGUCACGGUGGCGCCGUCGCGACGCGUCUUCACGUGCGGCGCCCCCUGGUGAACAUGACCAAGGACUCCGGCGACAGCGUGCGCCUCAAGUGCGAGGUGGCCGGGGGCCGACCCGGUGCGCGGGUCGUGUUCCGCUGGUACAAGAACGACGCGCCCGUCGAGGAGGAACGGAACCGGCUCGAGAUACGACAGUACCCCGUGGCGCCGUCGUCGUCUGCCGCGGGCCAGGCCGCUUCCUCCGUCGCCGACGGAGCCUCUUCCGGCGGAAGUGGACAAGCUUCCGGCCAGCAGCAGCAGGGGGCAACCGCCAACGUGCCGGCCUACGGUUCUCGGCUGAGGAUCGUGAGCGCCGACGUGCAUGACACGGGUUACUACCGCUGCGAGGCCAAGAGCGGCGCCGAGGUGGUCGAGACCACGGGCAUUCUACGAGUGUCGGCGGGACCCAUCCACCACGCACCGGCGCAGAUACCGCAGUUUCCGCCCGUGUUUCCCCACUUCCCGGGAUUGGGAGGAAGUCCAGUGGCAAGUCCUGGCAAUGAGCUGCCCAUUGUGGGACCACCUCUGGUCACCUCCUCCAGUUCGGGCAGCUGCCAGAUCUACCAGGGAGUGACGUGUGGUCAGUACCUGGGCAACCGCAGUGUCUUUGUCCGGCCGCCUCCAGCCACGCUAGCUGCCAUGGAGGAAAAGCUAGCCGCUGCAUUCACCGUCAUCGCCACCUCACAGGACGUCUCAGCCACGUGCCACAAGUAUGCCAUCCCAUCUCUGUGCUUCUUCGUGUUCCCGCCGUGCGAGCCCGCCCCAGGCGCACCACCCGACCGUCCACCCGAGCCUCGUUCCGUGUGUCGUGACGAGUGCGAGCUCCUGGAGCAGAGCCUAUGCCGCAUGGAGUACUCGAUCGCCAAGCGACACCCGCUGAUUGGCCAACAGAACAUCCUGCCCGUCUGCGAGGACCUGCCACCCAUCGGGUCGCCCGAGGCUCAGUCCUGUCUGCGUCUGGGCGUUCCGCAUCGGGAAACUAAUGAUGUGAACAAAGAGGAAGGCUGCUACGUGCACGGUGGUGAAGACUACCGCGGCGUGGUGGCUGAGACAGUGUCCGGGCUGCCGUGCCAGCCGUGGACGCACCAGAUUCUGUUCUCGCGCAUUGCCGAGUACCCGGAGAUUGUAGGUGGCCACAACUACUGCCGCAACCCGGGUGGCAUGGAGAGCCAACCCUGGUGCUUUACUUCGGGCGCCGUCGUCAAAAAGGAAAUCUGCAACAUCCCCAAGUGCGUGGACUACCUAUGGCUGUACAUCCUGCUGCCCAGCAUGGCCACUCUGGCCCUGAUUGGUCUCCUGCUGGGCAUAGCAUGCUUCCGUCGCCGUGCAAAGCCGUCGCCUCCGCCUUCGGCCAAGAACUUUGCUGGAAAAGCUGCCCUCCGGGGGCCUGCCCAGCAGAACCUCGAGUUAGGCCGACUCUUGCCUCGACCAACAAGGGCUCCCGAGGUACCAGCUGCACGAAUUCGUUUCCUCGAGGAGCUGGGUGAAGGAGCAUUUGGCAAGGUGUACAGAGGAGAGAUGCUACCCGCCAAGCGUGACUGCAGUGCCCCCGUGCCGGUCGCCAUAAAGACUCUGAAGGAGAAUGCGGCCAUGAAGACACAGCAGGACUUCCAGCGGGAGGCUGAGCUGAUGAGCGACCUGCAGCACCGCAACAUUGUCUGCCUGCUGGGCGUGUGCACCAAGGAGGAGCCCCUGUGCAUGCUCUUUGAGUACAUGCCCCACGGAGACCUGCACGAGUUCCUGGUGGCUCACUCGCCACGGUGCGAGGGCGCCACACAGGUGCUCGACCUGGCCGACUUCCUACACAUCUCCCGGCAGGUGGCUGCUGGCAUGGAGUAUCUCUCGGCGCACCACUAUGUGCACCGCGACCUGGCGGCGCGCAACUGCCUCGUUGGCGAGGCACUCACGGUAAAAAUAUCCGACUUUGGACUGUCCCGCGACGUCUACUCCUCCGACUACUACCGCGUCCAGUCCAAGUCACUACUGCCCGUGCGCUGGAUGCCACCCGAGUCCAUCCUCUACGGCCGCUUCACGACGGGUGACGUGUGGUCCUUCGGCGUCGUACUCUGGGAGGUGUUCAGCUAUGGCCUGCAGCCGUACUACGGCUACGCCAACCAGGAGGUCAUCGACCUGGUGCGCGCACGCCAGCUGCUGCCCUGCCCCGAGGACUGCCCGCCGCACCUGUACGCACUCAUGGUCGAGUGCUGGCACGAGGUGCCCAGCCGGCGGCCGCAGUUCCGCGAGCUGCACGCGCGCCUCUGCUCGUGGCAGGCGCUGCAUGCACGCAGCGCGAGCCUCAGCACGCACGGCAGCAAUCCACACGGGCUCCACGUCGGUCAGCCACAAGGGCGGCGGAAGUCCGCUCCUGGGCGGACCACUUGGAGGAGUCGUCCUGGUCGACCGGCCCUCGACGCCGCUCGGGGGAAUGACUCGGGGCCCGCCCUGCCCACUGCAGAACCCGCCACCCCCACCGCCACUGUCGCACUUCGGGCCGCCGUACAACGCGCUUGACACGAGGGUCUCCAAGGUCUGACAGCUCCCACGCAGCUGCUACUUUGUGUGAGCUGCGUAGGCAAACAACUCAUCCAUCUCUCGCUCCCAAAGCAGGGCACUCCUGAAAGUGUCUUGUGCCUCAGGGAUGUAGCAGCGGAGUUUUCAAGCCACAUUGCCCACCAAUAGCUUGCCAGUGGACUUGAGGAAACCGGCCACCACGGCUAACAUCUCAAGUGUCGGUGCCUGUGCAUGGCCCUCUGCUUCUUCUUGUGAGCUUAACGAACUCUUUCACCCAGAUGGGUGCAACUGCUCUGUGAACCUGCCACCACAGAGAACCUUGCCGCAACAUUACUACUGAAGUGCGCCGAGGAAAGCAUCCAGCAUUCGAAAACACGAUAAUAAGAGACUACGAAGGGAGUUGGGAGGACUGCUGAGUUAUGUGUUGGUCCCUUGAACAAAUGGUUGUGGGGACUUCAAUCAACAACAGAGCGAACUACGACUGUCUCGACGACAGCGGUGCGGCACAGCUUCGUGCGCCGCAUCUAGUGCUUCAGCAACUGGUCAACCACCGACGAACAAACUUUAGCGAUGAAUACGGUGCCCCGAGCUUCAGCAACGAUGCCUCUGAGAGUGCAUGUAUGUGGCCAAAGUCAGCGAACACUGCCACAGGAAAAAAAAAAAAGGCUUUGCGCGAAAUGUGUGCAUGCUCUUUGACAUUGAUGAAGAAAUGAUAUACGAGACAGAACAAAGAAUCAGAGAAUACACAUCCCUAUACAAUUUAUAAAAUGCACACGGUGUCCACGGAUGUCAUGAAACGUGUCAGAAGAAUACUCAUCUAAAUGAAACACGUUUGUGUUCAUUUGUCUUAGCAUGAGUAACGUAUACUUCUUCGUAAUACGAAUGCUUCACACUUUUUUACAGUCAAAGCUUGAUGACACCACAUGUAUGUAUAUCUGCAAUAAGAGAAAGUGUUCCUAAGCUUGUUUUCAUAAGGCAGCAAACAUUUUACAUCAAUGUCACAAUUCAUUGUUCUUUUACUUCGCAGAAGUCUUACCGCAUUGGACACAUCCACUUAAGUUUGCCUUGAUGUGUCACCAGCGUGUCAGUAUCACAGAAACAGUGAGGUGCUAUUUUACAGCCUGUAGUAACAACGUGCUUCAAAGCGUAGAUAAAUAAGCAAACUACUCAACUUCCGCGGUGCUAAGAACAACCAGCAUUCAUCAGAACAAAGAAAGUGUUGAAGGUGCAACUUUACUAAUCCUACAGCGGUAAUAAAUGAGUACUUAGUGCCAUGAAAGGAAUACUAGCAAAGUUUCGAAUAAAGAGGUAACCAUUUGAUUUUGUCCUUGGCAGACUUUACACAGCCCAAAACGACGACAAAGGGACAAGAAGAUGAGCGCAAAACAAUCGUUUAGCGUUCGUCGUCAUUCUGAGCUCACUCUAUAACAAUCGUCAUGACCUAUCAACUAACCCAAAUUGCCACGCUUCUAAUUACAAAGCCAACACAGUUGGCUGUGUUGGUUAUCAGUGCACCUUAUGGAGCUAGCACGUACUGCUGGCACGGUCAGGAUGCACAGUUCCACGCUCCAAAGUGUUAAGCAAUUACGAGCUAGUGGCUGCAAUGGCAUUACUUUCAUCUUUAGUAUCAAAGUCUUGCAACCUCUUCGUGGCAGGUUUUCAUAUUUAAAACACCAUUUCUUGAGCAAAAUUUUCAUAACCCGAGAACCAUGUAAAACUAAGCCUCAUACGCAGCUCAAGCUUGCAUUGCAGCUAGCCUUUAACAGGAGAAGCAUGCCUACAUGUCAUAUAACCCAUCAGCUGUACUGUUUCUUAGAGGAUGUUUAAUGACAUGUUUAUUUUUCAUCAAUACAUUUGAUGAUGCCCA